UUCGUAACAGCUCGACGGUUUUUAUCUCUAUCAAAUUUACCCCGACCGCUGGAAAUGUUGAUUUGCUGUAUGGAAACCUGUGAAUUUGACAACAUAAUCACUAACGAUCUAAAAGUUAUGUGCUGGCUAUGCGACCAAUAUGCCCAUAUCAAGUGCGCCGGCUUAUCUGACCGAGUUCUGGAGUUAAUCGAAUCGAAAAGUGGACUCAAAUGGACAUGCAAAGACUGCAGAGUGAUUAAAUCGCAAAUGGGAAGGUUUAUGCGGCAAACACGAAUGGAAAUUAACGAACUCUUCAGCGAAUUUAGACUGGUUUAUGACAGGUUUUCGAAGUUGGAAACAGCCAUCGAAUCUCGCCAGAUGUCGAGUACAGAUUCUGCAAUAGAUUCACUGGACUCCCAAGAGAUUGCCUCUUCAGUGAAUGUUAAUGCUGAGCUUGAACCAGAGACCAUAAACACAUAUAGUGGGUAUACCCACUCGGAUAGUGUUAUGGAAAUCGCAGCAGAUCCUGCUACUUUUACAGUUCCUUCAGUUAAAAACAACUCCCCAAAUCAUCCUUUUGUGGAACUACCAACAAUACAUAUACCACGUGUUCUGACUGCUGUUCCUCCAACAAAGGCUGUGUUCGUGUCGAGAUUUGUGCCAUCAACUACUGAAGAUGCCCUUAAAUAUUACAUAGUUUCUAAACUAUAUCAUCCCCAUCUAGAUGAUAUUCAAGUGACUAAAUUGUACAACAAACAAAAGCGAAAAAUGGCAUCGUUUAGAAUCGUGGUUCCAGAUUCGAUAUUCCUGGCGAUAAUCAAUCCUAAAUUUUGGCCGGAACAUAUCGUUGUGCACGAGUUUGUUAAUAAAAACCUACUAAAUUGUAAACCAUUUGAUGUAAACAGAGAUCUAGCUUUUAAAAAUCCACCCUACUAUUAUGCUGGCAGUUUUGAUGAUAGUCACAAAUUUGUGUAUUCUUAACAUUUUUUAAAGCUCUUAUUCCAUGUAAAUAAAAUAC